GGCAAGGAGUCAGACCACGAACAGACCAGGGGACCCGCUCCCUCCUUCACCUCGAGGAGGGUGGUUCCUGAGGGCUCAGGGUCUGGGGCCCCAAGGUCCCGCCGAGGGGGCGGUGUUGGGUCCGGCCGGCUGGCCCGGGGUUAGAGGACAGCUGGAGCUCGGCUGGGCUAGGAGCGGGGGCGGAACCUCGCAGCGCUCCCCUCCCCCACUUUCUUAAAGGGCCGGCGCGGGCUGGUGCGGGACGGGGCUGGCCGCCCUUCUCGGCCGGGUCUGGGCGCGCGAUCCGGCCCUCAGUGCAGAGCUGAGGCAGCCGCGCUCCGACACCUGAAGGGAUAGCAGCGAGCGCGGGAGCCCCGACAGGCGGUGGCGGAGUGGGACGGUCGGUCCAGCGGGGGCCUCCUCAUGGCCCCACCGUGAGAGGCUGGACCCAGCGACUGGGAGCAGGAGCGGUCAAGUUGGGGUCCCAAAAAGCAGCCAGCACGGGGUAGAAAGCAGUGGCUGCCAUGGAUGAGGAUAAGCUUCUAUCUGCACUGCCUGGGGAAGAUGGUGCCCCACCUGCGACCCCAGCCUGGAGCCUGAUGGAGGAGCCUGGGGUCCAGAAUGGAAUGACGUCCAGUGAGGACCUGAACAGUAGCCACACCAGCCCAGGGCAUGAGAUGAGGGGCACCCUGGUGGACACUGAGGGGCAUACAAAGGGCCUGGACAUGGCCCUCCACGGCCUCAGCCUUGGCCUCUCCCUCACCAACGGCCUAGCCCUGGGGCCAGACUCAAACAUUCUGGAAGACUCUACAGAGUCCAGGCCCUGGAGGGCUGGUGUGCUGGCGGAGGGGGACGAUGCCUCCAGGAGCCUCUGUCCAGACACUGAGGAUCCUCCACUGGGGCCAGGAGAACCAGACGUGCGGGACGGCUUCAGCGCCACAUUUGAGAAGAUUGUGGAGUCGGAGCUGCUGCGGAGCACACAGUACAGCAGCCUGGACUCCCUCGAUGUGCUGAGCCUCACGGAUGAGAGCGACAGCUGCGUCAGCUUUGAGGCCCCCCUCACACCCCUCAUCCAGCAGCGGGCCCGGGAUAGCCCUGAGCCAGGGGCUGGCUUGGGCAUUGGGGACAUGGGGUCCGAGGGGGACAUGGGAGCAGCUGGCGGUGAUGGGGAGCUGGGCAGCCCCCUGCGGCGCUCCAUCUCCGGCAGCCGCUCUGAGAAUGUCCUGAGCCGCCUGUCUCUCACGGCCGUGCCCAAUGGCUUCCAUGAAGAUGGACCCCCGGGCCCAGGUGGGGACGAGGAAGACGAGGAGGAAGACAUGGACAAGUUGCUGAACUCGGCCAGCGACCCCAGCCUGAAGGACGGCCUGUCGGACUCAGACUCAGAGCUGAGCAGCUCGGAGGGGCUAGAGCCUGGCAGCGCAGACCCACUGGCCAACGGGGGCCAGGGCGUCAGUGAAGCUGCCCGCCGGCUGGCACGCCGCCUCUACCACCUGGAGGGCUUCCAGCGUUGCGAUGUUGCCCGGCAGCUGGGCAAGAACAAUGAGUUCAGCAGGCUGGUGGCCGGGGAGUACCUCAGCUUCUUUGACUUCUCGGGCCUGACUCUGGACCGAGCACUCAGAACCUUCCUGAAGGCCUUUCCGCUGAUGGGGGAGACACAGGAGCGUGAGCGGGUCCUUACGCACUUCUCCCGCCGGUACUGCCAGUGCAACCCUGACGACAGCACUUCGGAAGAUGGGAUCCACACGCUCACCUGUGCCCUGAUGCUUCUCAACACGGACCUGCAUGGACAUAACAUUGGCAAGAAGAUGUCCUGCCAGCAAUUCAUUGCCAACUUGGACCAGCUGAAUGACGGACAAGACUUUGCCAAAGACCUGCUGAAGACCCUUUACAACUCCAUCAAGAAUGAAAAGCUGGAAUGGGCCAUUGAUGAAGAUGAGCUGAGGAAAUCACUGUCUGAGCUGGUGGAUGACAAGUUUGGGACAGGCACAAAGAAGGUGACACGGAUCCUGGAUGGUAGCAACCCCUUCCUGGAUGUCCCACAGGCUCUCAGCGCCACCACCUACAAGCAUGGUGUGCUGACCCGGAAGACUCACGCCGACAUGGAUGGCAAGAGGACGCCCCGUGGGAGGCGUGGCUGGAAGAAAUUCUACGCGGUGCUCAAAGGGACCAUUCUGUACCUGCAGAAGGAUGAGUACAGGCCUGACAAAGCCCUGUCUGAGGGCGACUUGAAGAACGCCAUUCGUGUGCACCAUGCUCUGGCCACCAGGGCCUCCGACUACAGCAAGAAGUCCAAUGUGCUGAAGCUGAAGACAGCCGACUGGAGGGUCUUCCUCUUCCAGGCACCGAGCAAGGAAGAAAUGCUGUCCUGGAUCCUUAGGAUCAACCUGGUGGCUGCCAUCUUCUCGGCGCCCGCCUUCCCAGCUGCUGUCAGCUCCAUGAAGAAGUUCUGUCGGCCCCUGCUGCCCUCCUGCACCACUCGCCUCUGCCAGGAGGAGCAGCUGCAUUCUCAUGAGAAUAAGUUGAGGCAGGUGACUGCAGAGCUGGCUGAGCACAGGUGUCACCCGGUCGAGCGGGGCAUCAAGUCCAAGGAGGCUGAGGAGAACCGGCUGAAGGAGCAUUAUCUCACGUUUGAGAAAAGCCGUUAUGAGACCUACAUCCACCUCCUGGCUGUGAAAAUCAAAGUGGGCUCAGAUGACCUGGAGUGGAUUGAGGCCCGGCUGGCCACCCUGGAGGGGGAUGACCCUUCUCUCCGCAAGACACACUCGAGCCCUGCCCUCAGCCAGGGCCAUGGAACUGUGACCGGCAGCAAAGCCACGAGGGAUAACACUGGGCCUGAUACUUAGCUGGCAUGGAUGGGCAGGUCCCAGAGGCAGGCAAUGCCCCCAGAGGGCUCAGUGAGCACAAUUCCAGCCAGGGGCCACUUGGAUCAGCUCCAGGCAGUUGUUGGGCAGCCAGGGGGGUGUGGAGAGCCCUGUGGGCCAAGGAGAUGGAGAUGCUAUUCAUGGUGUCGAUCUUGCAUCCUGGGGCUGCUCUGGGCCUCCGACCCUCUCCCCAGCUCUCACAUCCCUCUUCACCCCAGAGCCUCAUUUUCUAGGCCAGUUGUGUGCAUGCUCUAGACGCCAUCUCACUGGAGAAAUGGGAAGGGUGGUUGACUUCCCAGGCUCUCCUCUUCUCACAAGUUCCUCCCCUCAUCUCCCUUGUUUCCGAGGGCAGGUCUUGACCCCAGGUCUCAGCUUGGACUCCCACCCUUUCUCCUCCUCCUUCCUCUGAGUUGACCAGCAGCAGGUCUGCAGACCACCAGCACUAUCCUCUCCUCCUCCACUCAGCAGCCUUGGGAACCACACCCCAUUCUCCUGCCUCACCCGGCAAUAACCCAGGACCCAGGCCUGUCCCUCAGUGCCAAGCUCUCUCCACUCAAGUGUGUGUCCACCUCAUCUUCCAUCCAUCGAGGCCACUACUGCUUUCUUUUAUAUGGACAUAAAUGUAUAUAUAUAAGAAUUAUAUAUAUAUAUAAGGAACCCCUUUAGAGAUGGUUUUGGAACUGAUUAUCAGUUAGAGGAUGAAAUAAUAGGUAGGAAAAGCCUAUUUCAGAAUGCACUUGUUAGCAAGGAGGGCUGCUCUCUGGCCCCUGGAGGCCCUGACACUCUGGGAGGGAAGGUAGAGAUAGUAUGACCUCCUCUCACCCUAUUUCCCCCUCUUCCGGCUGACCUGUGACUUAAACUGCUCUUACAGUUAAUGCUUUGGAAUAAAUAGUGUGUGUGUGUGUG